AUGAUUCACGAAAUGUACUGCAUAUCAAAACUAAACCAAACUGAUUCCACUAAACUUUGGAAACAUAUCAAUGAAUUGGUACCAAAUAAUUCAAAAUCAGCGCCAACGGCAAUAAAAGACGGUGAAACCACCCUUACUGACGCAAAAGAUUUAUGCGAGUCUUUUAACAAUUAUUUUUCCACAGUCGUUUAUAAGUACUUACCAACAAGCAACCUAGAUCCUGACCUAGAACAACUAAAUGACUUUGUUAGCAGUAAAAUUACUGAUGAUAUUCUUCUUACAAUACCACCUUUAACGUGUGAUGAAGUUUUUCAAUUACUCAAUCAAUUAGAUCCUCAUAAAGCUACUGGUUUGGAUGGAUUGUCCUCCAAAAUACUCAAAAUGUCAGCUUCAGUCAUUGCAGAACCUUUAACCUUGAUUCUUAAUCAAAGCAUUACUUACGGUUACUUCCCAAUGCGAUGGAAAACUGCAAGAGUUGCCCCAGUUCAUAAAUCGGGAAGUCGUACUGAAAAAAGUAAUUACCGUCCAAUCUCCAUUCUCUGUAUUGUAAGUAAACUGUUGGAACGUCACUACCAUAACAGCAUAACCACCCACUUAAUAUCUUUUGACCUACUGUGUGAAGGACAAUCAGGAUUCCGACGCUACCAUUCUUGUGAAAGUGCAAUUGUUAAGUUGGUAUAGAUACAUGGCUUACAAAUAUUGAACAUGGAAAACUUAAUGGUGUAACAUGCACUUAUUGAUUUUCGAAAAGCAUUUGACAUGAUCAACAUCGAUAUUCUCAUCUCCAAGCUUAAGUGUUAUCGUUUCGAUGAAACUCUAAUUAAAUAGAUGCAUUCUUAUCUGUCCGGAAGAUAUCAGUGUGUUCAAAUUAAAAAUCACAUUUCAUCAAUAGCUCCUGUUUCAUUUGGCGUACCACAAGGAAGUAUUCUGGGACCGCUUCUAUUUAUUUUAUUUGUUAACGAUCUCCCUUUACAUAGUAACCAGAGCGUAGAUCUUUAUGCUGAUGAUUCCACCUUGCACUCCUCUGGAAAUUCCAUGAACCAGUUGAAUUGCACACUCUCGUCUGCCAUGGAAGACAUCGAGCAAUGGAGCACAUUUAAUGGGAUGGUGAUUAAUGGCGAGAAAUCAAAAUCUAUGGUGAUUUGUACAUAUCAAAAAUCUACGAAAAUUGUCUCUUCUGAACUCCAUAUCAAUUACAACAAUACUGUGCUUGAAAAUGUAAAAUCAAAAAGAUUGCUGGGUGUGAUUGUUGAUAAUCAUCUCUGUUAG